AUGAAAACAUCAAAUAUAUGCAAUGGCCAUCUUGAUAGUAAUGAUUCAUUUGUAAAUAGCGCCUCAGUAAUAUGGGUGGAAAAAGAAAAAUUAGAUUCAAUAAUUCAUAUUCCUUUGUAUUCAAAUAUAUCAAAAUAUUUUCAAGAUUUAAUCAAAGAUCCCAAAAUACAAGAAAAAGAAAAUAUUUUAUCAAAGAUUUUUUUAUUAUUUGAUGAUAACAGCUGUAACAUUGCAAUUGAUAUUUCAUCAUUAUGCGAAAUGGUAAAUAAUAAAAUCCCUCUUCUAAUUUAUGAACGUUAUUACUUUUGGAGUCUGCAUUUUUUAUUUGAGAAAUCAAAAAUAAAAAGGCAAAAAGUAAACUUACCCACAGAUUUUAAUAUAAGUGAAUCUAUUAAAAAAUAUAACAUUUUCGACGAUGUUUAUAUGUACACUUCUAUAUAUAAUUCAGCAUACAAUAAAAAUGAAGAAGAAAAUAAUAUUAGUUAUAAAAAUUGUGAAUUAGUAAAUAAUAAUAAUGUAAAUAAAGAAUUAACUAUUUAUAAUAAUGAUUAUAUAAAAUAUCUAUAUUUAAAUGAUUUAAAGAAUAACAAGAAUACCUUUUCAGAAAUGAAUAUAUAUACAAAUAAUGAAAUAAAAUGGUAUCGCUUAAAAAUUAAAAUAGAUAAUGUGGAAAAAAAAAAAAAAAAAAAAAAUUAUUUUUUAAAUGGUGCAAAUAGUUACAAUGCCAAUAAUUUUAAGGAAGCAUCCCUUAAUCAUCAUAAUAAAAGUGUAUAUAACAAUUUUAAUGAAUUUUCUUUAAUUGGAAGUGUAACAAGUGACAAUUUAGAUAAUUUACUAAAAAUUAAAAAAAAUGAUAAUUUUAAUAUAUGUAACCAAGAAAAAAAUAAAAAAAGAAAUGGUGUUUAUAAUAAUAAUAGCAGUAAUAAUAAGAAAAAAAAAAAUUGGUACUAUUAUGAGAGUAGUAGUAGUUGCAAUAGUAGUAAUAGUCAAAUAUAUAUUAAGGAAGAUGCUUCUAAUGAAAAUUACAAUAAUUUCUGUUUUUUAAGUAAAAAAGAAAAUAAUUAUAAUAGAAAUAAUAAAAGGAAAAGUGAAAAUAAUAGUAAUGCUGUUAAUAAUAUAGAUAAUCGUAAGCAGUGCAAAAUGAAGAACAUUUUAAGUAUAUCUCACAAUGUUUCUAAAAGAAAUAGUUUAUCUAAAAGUGGAACAUUGUUGAAUAAUAUUAAGGAAAAAACUCAUUUAGUAAAUGAAAAAAUACACGAAGAAUAUACGUUAUGUAAAAAUAUUAAUAAUACUGAAUCAUUUGAUUCUGUUUUAUUAAAAGAUGAAUUUCUCAAUUUGGAAAAAAAGGAAAAAGAAAAAAUUAAAAUUAAUAAUGAAAUGAUGGAAAGCAGAGAUUUAAAUUAUAAGGAAGAAGAAGUAAAGAAAAAUAACGGAGAUAAUGGAAUAAUAGAAAACCGGCAAGAAAAAAUAAUAGAAGAAAUUAAAAUUGUGCAUCAAAAUGCUAAUGACGAUACAGAAAUUUUAAUUGAAUCUUCAUAUUUAAAUAAAUUAAACAAUGAAGAUUAUAUAACAAAUUUUAAAAAUGUUUUUUCAAAAAAAGAUGAUCAUAAGGAUAAUAAAAGAGAUAUUAUAAGAUAUAAUCAAAAUGAUUCAUUAGAUAAAUAUAUAAAUAAAAUUUUAAAAAAUAUCAUUAAUAAAAAAAGAUCUCACUCAAAUUCUUUAUCGAAAAAUUUUGAAAGAAUUGAAGCCUUUUACAAGCAAAAUUAUAAAAUAUUUAUAAUUAAUAAUAAAGAUAUUUUAAGCAAUAAAAAAUUUUUUAAAAAUAAUAGUAAUUUUUAUAUUUUGUUUAAUGAAAAAAAUAAUAGUAUCCAAAAUGAUGAUAUAUUUGAACUUUUUAAAAUAUAUAUGCAAAAAGAAAAAGGUGAUUAUUCACAAAACUAUUUAUUAGAGUUGAAAAAUAACACGAAAAAAAAUAAAAAUAAAGAUAAUGAAGAAAUAAAAAUAAAUAAUUUCUUAGAAAAUGAAUUUUUUUUUGAAAAGCAAAAAAGUCAAAAUAAAGAAAAAGUGAAUCAGGAAAAUGAUAACAAAAAUAUAGUAUUAAGAGGAGAAAAUCAGAAUAUUAAUAAAGAAAAUUCUGAUAAUAAAAAAAAAUGUGUACAAGAAAAUCAGAAAAAUGUAAGUGAAGGAAUUAGCAAAAGUAAUGAAGAAAACAAUUUUGUAAAAGAAUCCGUUAACAUAAAAUAUUUCAACAGAGAUGAACAUAAAAAAGAAGAAAAAGAAGAAAAAAAAAAAAAAGAGGAAGAAGAGGUAAUAUUUUAUGCUAUCAAUAAAACAGAUAAAAAUUGUAAAAAAGAACUUAAAGAGGGUGAUUAUAUAUAUGUAAAAUUUAAUGAAUCUUAUGAUGAUUAUGAUAAAAUAAGAAUUUUAAAUAAAAAAACAAUUUUAUGUAUUUUGAUUUAUUUAAUGAAAAAUAAUGAAAAUUUAAAAUUAUCUAAUAUAUCUACUUAUUCCCCAGGAUUAUUAUGGAAUAUUUCAUUGCAUUUUAAAAAAAAUACUUUGAAUUUAGAGUUUUAUUUAGAAAGAAUGUUUAAGUACAUAUCAAAUGAUAAUGAAGAAGAUUUAAGUGAUAUAUGUUCUUUUAGUGAGAAAAAAUAUUCAAAACAAAAUUCUAAGAAGGAAUAUCAGAAAGAAAUGGAGAUAAUAAAGCUAAAGGAUAAUGUAGCUUUUUUAGAUAAAUUUCUUCAAAGUGUAAAUGAUAUAAAACUAAAAAAAUUAAAAAUAGCACAAAAAGAAUAUCAUGAAAAGUACGAAUUCGAUAGAACAAUUAAUAAUUUAAAUAAACAACAACUUAUUGAUUUAUUUAUAGAUAAAGAAAAUGAAAUUAAUGUAAUACCAUUAUAUUUAUUAAAAGAAAAAAGUAGAAAUAUAAUUUAUGAAGAAAAUAUAAGAAUGAACAUGUUCGCUUGUAUAAAAGUAAUCUUUGAUGAUAUAAAAGGAAGAUGUGUUUACGCAGCAAGUGAUUUGAAAAAGUUUGAUUUUAUUUUUGAAUAUGUUGGUGAGUUAUUAACUCAUAAUGAAGCAAUGAAAAGAGAAAAAAUUUAUAUCAAAAAUAAAAAAAAGGGUUGUUAUAUGUUUUAUUUUAAGCAUGAUAAUAAAAGGUAUUGUAUUGAUGGAACAGAAGAAAAUAUCGAUGCGGCCAUUAAUAAUAAAGAUAAAAAAUAUUUUUUAAGAUCUUUUGCUAGAUUAGUAAAUCAUUCAAAAAAAAAUUCUAAUCUUAUUCCUAAGGUAUUAAAAGUAUCAAGCAUCCCUAGACUUUUUUUUGUUGCUUCUAGGAAUAUAAAAGAAGGAGAAGAGUUACUAAUAGAUUAUGGAGAAAGAGAUAAAGAAAUAAUAAAAAAUAAUACUUGGUUAAAGUGUUAA